UCUCUACUGGAGGACCUAGACAAGGGGUAGCCUCGCUCGACUGCAGCGUUCGGGCUCAUGGCAAAAGUGCCUUGGGCGGAGCGGCACCGGCCGCGGCACCUGGGGGAGGUGGUGGGCAACACCGAGCAGGUGCGGAAGCUGGCGGAGUGGCUGCGGGACUGGGAUGACGUGGUCCUCAAGGGCAAGAAGAAGGAGGUCCAGGACCCCAAGCGCUUCGUCCCGGAGAACCUGAACGCUGCGGCGUGCUUGGUCAGCGGGCCGCCGGGCAUUGGCAAGACCACCACCUGCGCCUUGGUGGCCCGGUGUUCCCGGUACAACGUCAUGGAGUUCAACGCCUCAGAUGCCCGAAGCAAGUUGGUCAUUGACUCCAUGACCAACUCCCUGGCUGGGAACCAGACCUUGACCUUCGCGAAGAACGCCAAGGGCCCGCUGCAGCGCAGCGUCAUCAUCAUGGACGAGUGCGACGGCAUGGCCGGGGGCGACAAGGGUGGCAUCCAGGCACUCAUCAAGCUCAUCCAGCAAACCAAAAGCCCAGUGAUCUGCAUUUGCAACGACCGCAGCGAUGCCUCGGUGCGGCAGUUGGCGAGCCACUGCUACGACUUGAAGUUUCGGAAGCCGGAGAACGUGCAGGUGGCCAAGCGCAUCACCGGCAUCCUCCGGGGCGAGGGACGGAAAGUGGAGAUCACGGCUGUGGAGGCGGUGGUGGAGGCAUGUGGCCAGGACAUUCGCCAGGUCAUCAACCACCUGCAGUUCUUCGGCACAGGGCCUGCCAGCAGCGGAAAAGACGCGCAGCUCACAGUGACGCCCUUCGACGCGUGCUCCAGGCUGCUGUCCCACCACCGGGAACGCCUCACCUUGGAGCAGAGGAUGGACAUGUACUUUGUGGACUCAGAGUUUGUCCCCAUGCUCCUUCAGGAGAACUACCUGCGGCCUCACGAGAGGCGCUCGCAGCAAGCGGAGGCCUUGGAGCGCGCCGCGCGGGCGGCGGAGCUCAUCGCCACCGCGGACGGCCUGUCUGGAAAUUUCGAGACCAUGGGCAGCGCGGCCUUUUUGGGCACUGUGUACCCUUCUGCGCUCAUGGCGGGGGAGGAGGUGUUCAGCAAGCCCUCCUUCCCGACAUGGCUUCAGAAGCUGGCGUCCAUGAACAAGAACCAUCGCCUGGUGCAUGAGCUGAGCGCCAAGGUCCGCAGAGUCACUACCUGUGGCCAGGACUUUGUGCUCUCAUACCAGGAUGUGCUGCAUCGGAAGAUGCUGAAACUCCUGCAGCAGGGCCGGCCCAAAGACUGUGCGGAGGCCUUGCACCGCCACGGCCUGACGCGGGACUUCUUCACGGAGUCCCCAGCCUUUCGCCAACCGCUGCACCUGGAGGACAACUACAAGAAGGUGGAUGUCCAAGUCCGCACGCGGCUGCUGCACGAGUUUCAGAACCUGACGCAGCAGGUCGCAGCGCCCAAGCGCCGGAAGAAACAAGAAGAGGAUGGUCCCAGAAGACGCUUUGCAGACUCGCAGACGCAGGAGCAGACACAGGACGUGGCGAUGGAGGCUGCGGAAGAGGAUGAUGAGAUCUUUGGCUUGGUGAAGAAGAAAACUGGCAAUGCCAAGCCAAAGAAGUCCCUCAAGGACAAGGAGCAAGACAUGAGCAAGUGCUCUUUGCGGUCUUGGCGGCCGGUCAAGGUCACAACUACACAACAGGUGGAGGCCAAACCCCUGUUGGUGAUGAAGUACAUUGAGGGCCACACCUGCUCAGUGCGCCGAAAAAUCCACAUGAAAGAGAUCCUGGGCAGCUGGAACAUGUUCUGAGCGCUGAGAGGCAGUAAGCAAAAACUGGGAGGCGACUUGAAGUUCGAA